UUUAGUGAGCGGUAAAUGCGCUGAGACGUCUUUCUCGCCCUUGGAUGCUUAAUAGCCCCGAGGGAUAUAGUGCAGAAUUUUAUUUCUGCAUCUAGGCGACUUAAGAAAUAUGUGGUCAGUUCCUGUACAUACAUGCAAUUUCAAACGACACUUUCGUCUUCCAUAUUAGGCUAGUGUAUAUUUCGACAAAAUAAAAUCCCUCCACACCCAGUGCGUUUAGUUUGCGAGACGUCUUCUGUGGUGACUUGCCCUAAGUAUGAGGAAACUGUUAAGGCACCCUGUUCAGUGCUUUGGCGAUCGUACUUAGAGGUGUGAGGUAGCCUACUUUGGAGUCUCUUCGGCACUCCCAUCACGCCCAAGCGUCUAAACUCUAUUAUCUCAAAAUGGGAAGAUUAAUAGCGCGUUAUUUGAAAUUAUUUGCGGUUAUACUACUUCCCACAAGUGUUUUGGCGGCAAAUAUCUGCACUUCUAGAAGUGUGAGCACUUGUAGAGAAUGUCUCUCCAUUCAUCCCACCUGUGCUUGGUGUGCUCAAGAGAAUUUUAGCGGUUCCCGCUGUAACCUGAAGAAGAACCUUGUGGAUGCUGGCUGUGGGGUGGCCUCUAUAGAAUUUCCCACGAGCAGCAUGACCAUCCAGGAGAGCCGCCCACUCAGCAGCAAGGCGUCAGGGGCCAACCAGGACGUCACUCAGAUCCAGCCACAGAAAAUCCAUCUGACUCUGCGACCCGAUGAUGCCAAGCGAUUCACGGUUUCAGUCCGACAGGUCGCUGACUAUCCAGUUGAUCUCUACUACCUGAUGGAUCUCUCGUACUCGAUGAGGGACGACCUGAUUCGACUCAGAACCCUUGGCAAUGACCUGGCGGCAGCUGUAGGCAAACUCACCAGCAAACUUCAAAUGGGCUUUGGUGCUUUUGUAGACAAGCCUCUCUCGCCCUACAUGUAUAUCUUUCCAGAUGAGGCCAUCGAAAACCCCUGCUAUGGGAUUGGGAAGACAUGUUUGCGCCAGUUCGGCUAUAAGCAUGUGUUGUCUCUGACGGAGCAGGUGGGGCGCUUCACAGAGGAGGUGGGGAAACAGGAAGUGUCUCGCAACAGAGACUCACCCGAAGGUGGCUUCGAUGCAAUCAUGCAGGCUGUGGUCUGCAAGGAUAAGGUGGGUUGGAGACCUGAUGCCUCUCACCUGCUGGUGUUCACCACGGACGCCAAGACCCACAUCGCUCUGGACGGCCGUAUUGCCGGAGUCAUCCAGCCUCAUGAUGGGCAUUGUCACCUGGAUGAGCUGAACAACUACUCCAAGUCCACAACACUGGAUUAUCCUUCCCUUGCUCUUAUCACCGAGAAGUUAUCUGAGAAUAACAUCAACCUCAUCUUUGCAGUGACCAACUAUGUGGCGCCACUAUACAGAAACUACAGUGAGCUCAUUCCUGGAACUGCGGUGGGGACUCUGUCAAGUGACUCUGCGAACGUCAUCCAACUAAUUCUGGAUGCAUAUGCAAAAAUCCGCUCUAAGGUAGAGCUGGAGCUCUACGGGCUUCCAGAGGAGCUGUCUCUCUCCUUCAAUGCCACCUGUCUGAAUGGAGAGGUCUUCCCUGGAGUCAAAUCCUGCUCUGGACUUAACAUCGGCGAUACAGUGUCCUUCAGCAUCGAGGCCAGGCUGCAUGGCUGCCCCAAGGAGAAGAACAGCACGUUCACCGUCAAGCCGGUGGGCUUCAAGGACGCGCUGGAGAUCACCGUAGACUUCAUCUGCGACUGUGCCUGCCAGGCCGCCGCGCAGCCAGCCAGCCCAGCCUGUCACCACGGCAACGGCACCUUCGUGUGCGGCAUGUGCCUGUGCGACGCUGGGCGCCUGGGCCCGCGCUGCGAGUGCUCCGAGGGCAUGUACCAGUCCACGCAGACGGAGAGCUGCAGUCCAGAGCCCGGCGUGCCCGUUUGCAGCAACAGGGGCGAGUGCGUCUGCGGACAGUGCAGCUGCCGACCCAGUGAUUUCGGCAAGGUGUGGGGAAAAUACUGCGAGUGUGACGACUACAGCUGCGUACGCUUCAAAGGAGAGCUUUGCUCAGGUCACGGCGUGUGUUCAUGCGGCUCUUGUAAGUGUGACCCGGACUGGUCAGGAGAGUACUGCAACUGCUCCACGCGCACAGACACCUGCACGUCCAGCGAGGGGCGACUCUGCAGUGGCUAUGGAGCCUGCGUGUGCGGCGCCUGUGAGUGCACCGAGCCCGGAGCCUUUGGCAUCACCUGCGAGAAAUGCCCCACCUGCCGCAGUGCCUGCGCCAGGAAGCAAGACUGUGUGGAAUGUAAGCACUACAAGAGAGGACCCCUGGUCAAGGACAAGAGCUGUAUUCGAAUCUGCAGAGAUGAGAUUGAGCUGGUCGAUGAGAUUAUCGCCCGUGACAAGAACAUUGCCCAGAACUGUUCCUAUAAGGAUGCGGAGGACUGCCUACAGACGUUCCAGUACUAUGAAGAUGCCAGUGGCAAAUCCAUUUUGUACCUCAUUAAAGAGCCAGUUUGUCCGAAAGGUCCUGAUAUCCUUGUGGUCCUGGCGUCCGUCACUGGGGCAAUUCUGUUGCUAGGGCUCGCUGGUCUGUUGAUAUGGAAGCUUUUAGUCACCAUUCACGAUCGGCGAGAGUUCGCCAAGUUUGAAGAGGAGAGAGCCAAAGCCAAAUGGGACACGGGUAAUAACCCCUUGUACAAAGGAGCAACCUCCACAUUCACCAAUGUUACCUACAGAGGUGGUACCUCCACCUAAUGAAAAUCUCAACUUUGUGAGGGAGUUCUCUGGAGCACAUUGACGUUUAGAUGUAUUUUAUUUAGGUGCAAAAGACUGGACUGGCCUUUUGCUUUUUACUGCUUGCACCUUUUGAUUAAAAUAUACAUUUGAAAAUCUGCGCACCAGUGAACUCCUUCCUCCAUUUCCACACAUUGAGAAGUACCAGGAAGUGAGGUGGACACUACAAAAUGCCUAGAAAUUCACAACUUUGUCAGGACCACAGACAAGUAUCUCCUGUAACAACAGUAAGCUACCAUCAUUGCUUCUACAAGUCAUGGUGGUAUACACCUAGUGGAAUUUGCAAGGUGGUAUACACCUAGAAAAUAUGUUGUUAAAUACUAUGGCUCUUUGAACACAGCUGAAUGGAAGUUUUACCUUUUGUGGGGCUAAAUGCAAAAAUGCUCAAAGCUUUUUUCUUAAAACCUGCCAUUGCACUGUAAUUUACAGUUUACUGAUGUAGAAAUUGUGAGGUCCGAAGUGAACUGCACCAUCAUUCCUAAAUGCACCCUGCUUGACACCUUAACCUGAAUAAGUGUUCAUUAGUAUGAUUACAAUGGAAAUAAAUUAGCCUCUUAAAAUUUGAGUAGGAUCUACUUUAAGUUGAUUAGUUGGGAAGGUGACUAACUUCUGCUGCCACUUUUCUUUAGUUUGAAUACAACUUGACAGUGUAAUUAGGCCACUGAUACAAUCUUGGCUCAUAUGUACGGAGAACCAAGCUCAACUUGGAUGGUUAAUGGAAUUCGUAUUGCCAUGGAUACAGAGGAUCAUCUUGAUUCUAGGUUUAUCUUUUGUACUGUCUUGUUUCCAUGGAUACUGGAGUUGUAUUUAUAGUUCAAUUCUAGAAUAUGCCGCUCUGUUGGACCCAAGAAUCAGCUUGUCCACCUACAUUGUUUUGUUUCUGUUGGAGUUUAGAUAGAUAGAUAGAUAGAUAGAUAGAUAGAUAGUCUUUAUUGUCAUUGACACUUUUUGCAAAGGUACAAUGAGAUUUGAAAGUGCUGUCAACUCAUGAGGUAUGCAUAAGAACAAUAAUAAAUAGUUUUUAAAAAAUGGACAUAAUAAAAAUAUAAAAAUAAUAUAAACAUGUAUUGUUUCUUCUUUCCUGUCUCUCCUAUCCCAAUUUGAAACCGUUGAAGUCACCAGAGGUUGUGUUGACUUAUUGUCUUAUCAUUUUCAAUUUUCACCACCAGUUUUUUUUCUCAGUUUUUUUUGGACAGAUGUUUUUCUUUCUGAGAUGUUUUAUACAAGUUCUAUUUUUGACACAAGGCUUCUGAAUAAAAUUGUUUGAAAGGUA